UAGGGUAGACGCUGUCUGGACCUCGACGCCAUUGUGGAAGCUUCCAGCAAGUUACCUCGUCUCGACUCUUGUCUUAAAUCAUCGUCUGUAGUUCAAGAUGGCUUAUGCUGACAGCACGAAUAGGAAGAAACUCCUGAAAAUGGAGGAGGUGGCCAAAAUAUCUGCUGAACAUAACCUCUCGCCAUAUGCGAUCCUCUCACUACACUCCAUGCCGGGAACUGAUAUUUAUCAAAUUCUGGAUAGCAUUGAAGCGCCCAGAGAGCUAACUCUGCUGGUAAAUACAUUGAAGAUUUCCAGAAAUGAUUUAAAAGAACGCCUAUUGAAAUACGAUGCUCAUGUAAACAAAGCGUCAUGGUGCGGCGAGGUUCUAGUGGUUGACAAAGUCCCGAGAGGUUUUGAGCUGGAAGCUGUCACUGAGCAUCAUGCUAGAUACUUCAUACCACAGUUUGAGACGUGGACGAAGAUGACCAGGAUGCACAGUACAAUAGCUGUUGCAGACUGGUAUUCCUCACUUAAAACUGAAAGAGAUGAGUCACCAGAUCUUACUGGAAACCCAUAUGGACUCUCUGCAGUCACUUGGAAAAUAUGCUUAGAGACGUUCAACCCUUUUUCUCAGCAAGAAGAUCCACCAACCCAGCAAGAGGAUCCUCCAACCCAGCAAGAGGCCCCUCCAACCCAGCAAGAGGAUCUUCCAACCCAGCAAGAGAAUCCUCCAACCCAGCAAGAGGCCCCUCCAACCCAGCAAGAGGAUUCUCCAACCCAGCAAGAGGAUCCUCCAACCCAGCAAGAGGAUCCUCCAACCCAGCAAGAGGCCCCUCCAACCCAGCAAGAGGAUCCUCCAGCCCAGCAAGAGGAUCCUCCAACUCACCAAGACAAUCCUCCAGCUCAGCUGCUUGCAACUCGGCAGAAGGUAAAAUCUGCCAGACCAGCUGUGGUUGCAAGCAAGCGACAAAAGUAUUUCCCAGGUGCAAAGGCGCAGCAUAUUAUAUUACAAGAAUUAAUGCAGGGUGUGUAUGCACCCAAAGAUUUAAUAAAAAAAGCCAGAUCAGGGACACUAACGAUGAAGGCGGAAUUAUAUCUUAGAAGAAUAAAUAGAAACAGACAGUGGGUAAAAUAUAGAAAUUUAAUUAAAAGGAUUGUACAUGUUAGGUUUUUACAGUAUCAGGAGGCGCAAGAUUAUUUGCUGAACUUGCAACACAAUAGGGAUGUGAGAAUUCCAGAAUAUCCUGAAUCAGCAGCUCCAAAACAAUCUCCACCUUCCUCGCAUCAAGGACCUGAUAGUUACUGCAUGUUCUAUGGAUGUCAGGGCCCUUCAGGAAUGAUUCCAGUCUUGGUCCUGGCACCUGAGGAGGGCGACUGUGUGUUGGAUUUGUGCGCUGCUGCUGGGCACAACUCCAUUCUCAUAGGGAUGUUGCUGAAGAACGAGGGAAUGUUGGUAAGCAACCUCUUGGUAAAAGCGGACGAAACUACCCUGCAAAAUAACCUCCAUCGAUGUGCAGUAUCUUGUUCCAUUGUAACACAUUUUGAUCUCCAAGACUUUCCCAAGGCCAUGGACAAUUCCUUCAGUCACGUAUUAGUGGAUGCACCUUGCUCAGGCAUAGGCAGCGUCACUAAGAUUGAGAGGGAGAACUACAAGCCAAAUGGUAAGGAAGAAAUAAGGGAAUGUUCGUCAUUGCAAAAAUUCCUCUUACUCAGGGGUAUCGACUCCUUGAAGAGAGGCGGGUUUAUCGUGUACUCCACCUCAUCUCUUUUGGUGGAUGAGAAUGAAGAGGUGGUACAGCAUGCUCUGGAAAAUAGAAAUGUGAUAAUUGUUCCAGUAUUUCUGCCAUUUGGUGAACCUGGAUUGCAAAACUACAGAAACAUGCAGUUUCAUGAAAGCAUGAACAUGUGUGUUCGAGUUUACUCUCACGAGCACAAUAUCCAGGGAUUCUUCAUUGCCAAGAUGAAACUGCUUGAGGAAAGUGAAGUAAAAUUUUGACUGGCUGUAUUUUAUAGUGUGCUGGGAGACUGUGUUGAACAUUGUGGAAACUAAGAAAACUUGCAUGAUUCUCACAGAUACUACAAAUGAAACUAUUAGAAGAAAACAUAAAAAGGAAAAUCAGUUUUUAAAUAUUCCAAGUGAAUGACAUAAUUUUAUUUUUAAAAAAGAUUAGUGUCAGAUUUUAUAUGAAAUUCGUUGAAACCAUUGAAGAUGUUGGACUAUUUAGCCAUUGGUCCCGUGAAACUCAGUUUUAUUCAGUUUCUAGACUAUUUUUUUUUUCAGAUUUGAAUUUAUUUUGCUGCACUAUAAUCUGGUUAAUAUUGAUAUAAGGUAAUGACCAAAAUCAAAGAAGCACUGGAAUUUCUUCAUUGGUUGCCCUUCAGUAAAAGCGUUGGAUAAUUGAUUUCUGUGAAUAUGGAACCCUGCAAAUUUGUGCAGUAAAGAUAUACUCUAACUGA